UCCAAGAUGGCGGUCGCACGAAAAUUUAUUGAUAAAAAAUUACUUCACAAUGUCAUACGAAACACUGAUGCUCAUAAUAAGAUUGAAGAAGAAAAGAUCAUGUGGAGAGUUCAUCGAGCGAAAAGUAAGCGUGGCUAUUCCACCAGGCACAACGACGCAAGAAAAAGUUCGCCAAGAAAGAAUGCAUGCUCAGAGAGAACUAACGGUACAUACUGGAUGAAAGAGUUAACGAGUUAUGAAAGUUCUUUGUCUGAUAGGUGGGGACAUAAUGGAUACAAAGAACUUUAUCCUGAAGAAUUUGAAGAUAAAGAAAAAGACAGCCAUAGUGAUGAAGAGAAGAGGAGACGAAGAAAAAGAAAAAAAGAGAAAAAGGAUAGAAAAAACAAAGCUAGAGACAGCAAAAAGAAAUCAAGAACCCCAGAUAAAAUCCACAGGAAAAGAACAUCUAGAAAAGACUCUGAAAGCUUUAAUCACAAAGCAUCCAAGAGAACAAAGAAAUCACAAGUUAGUGCGCCGUCAAAGAAACUAUCGGCCCAUAAAAUAAAGAAAGAGGGUGUAAAACGACGAAAAACGAAACAUGAAUGACUAUUGUAGUAAAUAUUUGGAAUACUAAAUAAUUCGUUAUUUAUGUUUGUUGACAUUUGAAUUGAUAUUUUAAAACAAAACAAACAUCUUUUCAUUAACGAUAUCUCGGAUAUCAUGCAAUAAAAUAAACGUCAUGUCUGUACUUUUUUACAUUUCUGCUCGACUUUUUGUCAGACUACAUACAUGUAAUUUACGAUUCUUUAAGCCCUUUGUCGUACUAGUCACGUAGGAUGUUUAAAGGAAAUCAAUAAAUGCUGCUAGACCGAGCGCAUGCAGCAAAACUAUGAAAUAAAAACCAUUUGUGUCUCGUGUAAA